GUUCGUCGAAAAAGAGAAUGUCUUCGUCGGGUUCUCAGGCCGAUGGCGUCCAACGCAUCCUUCACCAGCUGCAAGAGAGAAGUCAUGAAGGAGUUCAAAAGAGCACGGCGAAUGCAGAGACAAGUGCGACAGCACCUACUCCCAAAGAGGCUCCGAAUGAGGCGGCUCCAGAGUUUGCGUCAGAGUUAGCGGCGUUGAUGGGUGCAUCGGUAGCGGUCGAACGAGUAUUGGAGCGAGUGCCGCUGCUAAGAGCAAUAUAUGAGCUUUGGGACUAUGAAAUCCAAAUGUCAUCCUCACCUGUUGUUGGUAGGCGCGGAGGUGCGGGUAGCAGUAGUAGCGCUCGAAGCACCAGAGCAGUCUGCAGCGUUGCCGCCUACGACAAUCUAUAA